CGGGGUAUUCGGAAAGUGCGUUGCAUCUGAGGGUCAACUUGGUAUUAUGUCUAACCAGGCGGCUACUCAUUGUCGUGGGUUACAGUUCGGUGCAUUCUCUAAUGAGAUUCAAGAUGUCACUCAAGCGUGUGAAAUAAAUCAUUCUGCCGAAAUUAUACCCUGCAUAGCUCAAUUAUACCGAAAUGAACUCUUCAGUGAUGUUACUUUGGUUGUUCAAAAUACACACUUUCCUGCACAUAAAGCUAUAUUAGCAGCUCGUUCCGAUUAUUUUAGAGCAUUGUUUUAUGGAGGAAUGGCAGAGUCUAGCUCAAGUGUUGUGCAUCUGAACGACAUUAAUGUAAUUGCUUUCAAAAAUAUCUUGCGUUACAUGUACACUGGUCAAAUAAAGCUAAAGAAGUCUAAGCUUACUCUUGAAAUCUUGGGCCUUGCUCACCAGUAUAAUUUUCACAGUCUAGAAAGUGCACUGUCCACGUACUUAACACAUUCACUCUGUCUAAAGAACGUAUGGUGUGUUUUUGACAUGGCUGUAAUGUACAAUCUGGAUGGACUUAUUACAGCCUGUUUAAGAUUCUUAGAUUGUCUUGCUCCUGCUCCUCUAUGUGAUCCACGCUUCCUGAAGUUAUCACAGUCGUCUGUUGAACGUUUGCUAUCUCGUGAUAGCUUUUAUGCUCCCGAAAUCAAGAUAUUUCGUGCUGUAUGCGCUUGGUUAAAGCAUUUUAAUAAAGUUAACAAUGAAACAGCUGAUAAAUCACAUUUGUCAGAUAAUCCUCAGUCAGAUGUUGAUAAUGAAGUGGGACAAGAAGAGUUAUCAAGUGAAGUUAAAGCAGAAAGCAACAACUUGUCAUUCUCAGCACUGUUAAAUUCAUCAGUACAGCAAGAGAAGAAAUCAUCGAACAGAGAUGUCGACAGUGAUCGAGAAUCACUGAUGGCGGUUACUUCAGAAGAACUUCGUAAUCAUCAUAUGAUGAGUCAGUGUGUUCGAUUCGAAUUAAUGUCACUUACUGAACUAUUAACUGAAGUUCGUUCAUCGAAACUUGUUAGCUCAGAAGAAUUGUUAGAUGCUAUCAAUCGACAGACUAAUUGUCCUGCUGAAGUACCUCAUCGUGGAUGGCUUUUACCAGGUGUGAAUUUGGCAUCACCUCGUUUCGGAUGUACCUUGAUCUCUGGUGAACAUGGAACUUAUCCACACUUUUUUGUUGAAAAUCCACUUGACUUAGAGGAAUCCAAUGAUGCUAAAUUGAAUAUUGAAUCUCUGAGUCUAAAUGAACUGAACUGUCAUGAUUCAGACUAUUCAGAUAGAAAUGAAGAAGACGACGAUGCUGUGGAUGAUAUUGACGAUGGAGAUGAGGCAGACGACAUCGGUGGUGGAGGAGGAGGGCAUGGUGAAGCAUACAGAUGUCAACAACAACAACUACGACGAAGAAACAAUGACGAUGAUGAUGAUAAUACUCACAUGCCAACUAUAGAUAUGUCUGAUGUGGCAGGUCGAACAUUCAAUCGGCAUAUUGAUUCUACUCAUUUGUCUCGAAGUUCUUUGUCAGAAGGCGUAGUCUGGGGAACGAAUCAUACUCCGGCUGUCAGCAGUAAUCCUAGCGAUUCUUCGCACCAUACAAAUAACCAAAGAUUGUCCAACACUCAACAAAUCCAUUAUAAUAUUCGUAAUUUAACCCUUUACGGGACUGGUAUUGUGAAUACGGCGGCGGCAGCAGCAGCAGCGGCAUCCAGCAGCACUAGCAAUGCACUCAGUAAUAAGGCAUCCUGUUGGAUCCAACCAUCGUCGAGAAGACGUGUUAAUCAGAAUAAACCACCGCCACCUCAUUCGGAAUAUGAUGUAGUUCGUCAUUCUUUAGAUGAUCCUAAGGCUAGUAUUAUUAUUCAGCUAGGAAAACCUAGUAUUGUGAAUACUAUACGUAUGCAGUUAUGGGAUCAAGAUUUACGCUCAUAUUCUUAUUGUAUCGAUGUUUCAUUGGACCAGUCCACUUGGCAUCGUAUUGUUGAUUAUCGUAAUUACAUGUGCCGUUCAUGGCAAACAUUACACUUUCCAUCACGUGUUGUUCAUUAUAUUCGUAUCACUGGGACAAGGAAUACAUUCAAUCGUACUUUUCAUCUAAUCACAUUUCGAUGUCUUUACAGCGAGAAUAUAUUUCAGCAAGUAGAUGGCUUUAUGGUUCCAACUUAUAAUGUUGCAAAUGUUGAUCUUGGAGCUACAGUUCUAGAAGGUGUCAGUCGAAAUAGGAACGCGCUGAUUGACGGCAAUGUUCGAAUGUAUGAUUGGAAUUCAGGUUAUACAUGUCAUCAAUUAGGUAAUGGUGCUAUUGUAGUCCAGUUGGCUCAACCGUUCUUAUUGCGUUCAAUGAGAUUUUUAUUAUGGGAUUUGGACCCGCGUACUUAUUCUUAUUCAGUAUAUGUAUCAAAUGAUCGUUCAGAUUGGAAACUUGUACGUGAUGCAUCUGGUGAACAAUGUCGUUCUUGGCAAGUAAUCAAAUUUCCUUUACAAUUGGUUACAUUCAUUCGUGUUGUUGGCUCAAAUAAUACCGCGAAUGAUGUAUUUCAUUUAGUUCAUUUAGAAUGCCCUUAUCCUCCAGCAGAGACAUUGGAAAGUAAUACAGAAGAACAUUCUGGAGAAUUGGUGAAUCCAACAGCAAACGUUGCAUCAGAACCUAAUGAUGAUGAAGAGAAUAUUGUAACACCCUCAUCGUCUGGGAUUAACCGACAUGAUGAUAAUGAUAACACUAUUGCUAACGAAUAUCAACCGAGAAAUUCUCAGCAGUCACCUGUUCGUAGAACUGUAACACCAGACCGUAUUGUUUGUGAUUCGAAUAGUGUCAGGUCUGAGUUACGCCCUCUUGAUACUGAUGAUCAUCAGUCAGGUGAAUCCAGACUACCUAAUAUUAGGCGCCCCAAUAUGGUGGCGACUGCUGCGCUUGCAGACUACGAUUUAAUGCCUGAUUUAAAUUUGUCAUCUUUUCCCGAUACUACAUCUGAUGAUACUGUUCAGUCGGACAGAGUUAACACUACCACCACCACCACCCCAUCAGCUGUGGUUCCACCUUCUUCAUCAGCGAUAGAAGCAGCUGGUCAACGUGAUAAUCUACCUGCGCAUCAAGAUCGUGUACAACAUCGUUCAUUUCACCGUGCCUGAUGAUUAUUUCCUCUCGCAUUCAUCCUGACAAUAAUAAUAAUAAUCUACUUUAUUCCAGAAACAGUACCUAUAGUACAGAAUGGAAUUUUUAGCAUUUGUCACAGUGUUCGUAAUUUACGUGAAAACUAUUGAAUAUAAUUUCCAUGACAUCAUAGAGUUUAUUACGAAACCACUCAAUAGUUUCGAGCAAUUAUUUUUUUGUUUGUUUUUCACCUCAUUCUGUAUUCGUUUUCUAAUAAAAACACUUAAAACAAUAGGGGAAGCAUUCACACAUUUGUUGAACGUGGUUCCAUUUGCUCCUCUGAAUAAUGAUUUACACAUUUCAUUUAGUGCCAUCAAUCUUUCAGUGUACCCCCUAUUUUGUAUCAUUUCAUAUUAGAAACAAAUGAUAUACAUUUUUCCCCCUAUUUGGCUGUGGUGAUAUUAUUAUUAUUCAUUACUUAUAAACAGUGUAAAGUUCCAUGAUAUUGCGCCUUCAGUUGUUAUUAAAGGGGUGUAUCCUGGCCAUUCUCUUUUUUUUUCACAUAAGAAAAGAAUACAAUUUUGCACAUGGUGGUAUUACCGUUUAUAGAAAAGUUUCAUAAACUACUCAUUUAAAUUAUUGUUAAUUUAUUGGCAUUUAUAUGUGAAAUCCGUCCGUAUGUUACGUAACUCUUUCUUCAUUUCUCAUAUUAUUUAUUGUUGAGAGCCUUUUUUCCGUCUGAACAUUGCCAUAUUAUGCUCAAAUUUUUAAAAAGCUUCAUACUUCGAAAUAAUAAACUUCUUCAGAGUUGUUCAUUUGAUGUGACAUAUCUGCGUUAUUAUUUUAAACAGUAUUAAUAGUAGUGGUAUAGUAGUAUUCAACACACAAGUAUACAAUAGUUAAUCAAUCCUGAGUCUUUAUGGCAUUUCUGUCUAUGUGUGUGUGUUUUCGCGAGAGUAAUUCUGUGUUUAGGUUGAACUUCAUUUACUCCUGUUUAUUCAAAAAUAAAUUAUUAAAAAUUAUUUCAUCUUAUUUCGAUUUUAUUUUAUUUACGUUUAUAAUAUGUAUUGCAUACUCAGUGGGUGGUGGUCUUUGCUCAGUUGCUGUCGUUGGCA